AUGGCGGUUCUGCAAAGUAUCAAACAUGGUGACGAUGCCAUAAAGGAUAAGGACUUUCUUGGUGCAAUACAAUACUACACCCAAGCGAUUAAAGAAAGCCCACAAGCAUUUCAAGCGUUUGUGAAAAGAUCAGUGGCGUACAUGAAGUUGAAGAACCUCGACCUUGCCAAAAAGGAUAUUUCUACUGCAUUCACAAUAGCAAAUGAAAGAGGCAGGAGAUCUGAUAUUGGAUUAUGCUAUUUCAGGCUUGCAUUGAUUUACUAUCAAGAAAAAAAGCUAAAGUUGGCCUUAAGUCAGUUGAAUAAGGCAAUUGAGUAUGAUUGUAAGGAAUCUACAGUUAAAAUGUGGAAGGAUAAAUGUGAGUAUGAUUUGAAGACACACCCAGAAUGGGAUAUUGGAGGAGAAGGUAAUGAUGACGGUAAUAAUGGCGAUGAUGAUGAUGAUGAUGAUGGUAUUGGUAUUGGUAUGAAUCUUGAAGAGGAGCAGAAAAAUGAGGUGGUUCCUCAAAAGUCAUCGAAUAUUGAGGAGAUGAACAAAAUUGCACCAAUGAGUGUAAAGAUACGUGAAGAUUGGUACCAGUCUUCAGAUGAAGUGAUAAUAACAAUUUAUGCCAAGAAUGUAGAAGAGGAUAAACUAAAAGUUCAAUUCGAUAAGGAUUCCCUUUCAGUCUCAUUCCCUAGUGCCACUGGCUCUGAAUACCACUACGAUCUAGAUCCAUUAUAUGGAGAAAUACAAGUUUCAGACUCAAAAUACAAGAUAUACUCAACAAAAUUAGAGAUAACAUUAAAGAAACGGAAUCCCGGAAAAUGGCCCGCAUUGGAGAAGGGAAAUGGAAACGAAUCACUGAACACCAAAUCAAUUGGAGAAGGAAAAGAGCAGAGUAUAAAUGGUGCACCAGCAUAUCCAUCGAGUGCCAAAAAGAAAAUUAAUUGGGACAAUUUUCAAGUUGAGGAAGAUAAGGGUGAUAGUGAACCAAAUCAAUUUUUCCAAAAGAUAUUUCAAGAUAUGGAUGAUGACUCAAGAAGGGCAAUGAUGAAGUCUUACAUUCAAAGUAACGGUACAGUUCUAACUACUAGUUGGGAAGAGGCCCGUGAUAAGGAGUUUGAAACUUCACCUCCAGAAGGAAUGAUUGCUAAGAAAUGGGGCCAAUAG